CUAAAAUUUGAGUGACAUUAGCUUGGAGUCUUUCAUUUUCUUGCACUAUUUCCUUAGUAACUUCUGUAUAAAAUGAGUGAAUAUGAUAUCGAAUAUUACUAUUUAUCGGAUUCUGAGAUUAAAGGCGAAUUUAAUUUUGAAGAUGAGGAAAAUAGAAGAUUUGUUGCCACUGAGGUAGAUUCAAGGGGUUACGAGGCGAAAUGUGGCGAGAUUUUUGUUUCAAACAGUGGAAAGUACACUUUCGUCUGUGAGUUUUGUAAUGGGCGUUACGAAGAUAUGGGGUCAUUUGGCAACCAUCUGAGCGAGGUGCACUUAGACUAUGAUCCUGAAGGAACAUCGUCUGUAGUAUCCGAAACAGAGUUGAAAGUAGUGAAUGAACAUCCAGAUGAAAGUGGAGACACAAAUUCUUAUGAAGUAGUGAAGGAAGUAUGGCAAUCUAAUGAUGAUGACUUAAUGGGGACACCUCCUCCUGCCGAUUGUGAGUUCAUAGAAUCACCUACUCCUGCCGAUAUUGAAUUCAUAGAAUCACCUACACCUGCCGAUUUUGAGUUCAUAGGAUCACCUGCUACUGCGGAUUCGACGUUAGUAGAGACAACUUCUCCUGGCGAUUCGGAUCUAUAUUGCAAGCCGUGUGAUCGCCAGUUUAAAACACAGUUAGCAUUUUCACGUCAUAAAAACAUACACAAAUGUAAACUCAUUGCCCAACAUUUAGCUAAAAAGGCAUUGACAUUGUCAGAUUCUCAGACAAAUUCUAACAAAAUAUUGAGGAAGAAAUCAGAAUCGUAUGGUCAUUACCUAACAGAGACAUCUAGUCCUGCGAUUUCGACAGAGGCACUUACUCCUGCGGUUUCGACGGUAAUAGAGACACCUACUCCUACCGAUUCGGAUCUAUAUUGCAAGUUAUGCGAUCGCCAGUUCAAAACAAAGUUAGCUUUUUCUCGUCAUAUAAAUAUACAUAAAUGUAAACUCAUUGCCCAACAUUUAGCUAAAAAGGCAUUAUUAUGGUCAGAUUCUCCCAAACCGCAUUUAACUGCAAAAAUCUCGAUAGAUUCUCCCAAAAUGCAAACCGAUUUCGGUGAAUACUUUUGCAGUUUCUGCAAUUGUUUUUUCGAAACAAAGCUAUCGUUCAAAGAUCACACACUAACUCGACAUGGUGACAAAAUUCCAGAAGCACUGCGUGAUGACCCCUCCCACCGUACCUGUAAAUUCUGUCACAUGAAGUUCGACAAUGUUCGGGAACGAGUAAGACACGAGUUAACCCACGACGAGGAGAAGCCCUUCAGAUGUGCAUUGUGCCCGAAAACUUUUCGAUUAAACGUCCAACGCCAAAUGCAUAAUCAUAGUCACACAGGUGCCCAUCCAUAUCCUUGCCCGCACUGCCCAAAAGCAUUUACAACUCAGAUCAACCGCUUACAACAUAUCCGCGGACAUUUUGGCAUCAAACGAUUCUCAUGUGAAUAUUGUGGUAAGAAAUUCAUCACAAACGUUCAGCGAAACAUUCAUGUUCGUGUCCAUACACGCGAAAAACCAUAUCAAUGCGAAGAGUGCGGGGAAAGAUUUCGAGUCAGUGGACAGUUGCUCAUGCAUAGGAGGAGGCAUUCAAACGUUCGUGAUUUCAAGUGUGAUAUAUGCGGGAAGUCGUUCUUUGCAAAGGCGGAACUUCAGUCACAUCAAGUUUCACAUUUCCCGGAUCGUCCGUUUGAGUGUGCCGAGUGCGGGAAGAAGUUCCAGCGGAAGAAAAAUUUGACUGCCCACCAAAAGCUACAUAUGCCCGAAAGGAAAUACGAGUGUAAGAUUUGUGAGAAAAAAUUUGCACAGGCGGCAGGACUGUAUUCCCAUAAGAAGAGACACGCCGUGUUAUAGCUGAAUAAAUAACGAUAUAAAGUAUUUGUCCCCAAAGUGUUUAGGAAUAAAA